GAAACCCAGCCGCGGCGCCCUGACGCAGGCCGAGGCCCCGCCCCGGCGUGACGCCAGCGUCAGCCCAGUCCCGGCGUCCUGUGCGGCCGCCCGCGGUCGAGCCCCGGCGAGAGGAAUUUUCCCCCGUGAGCGGCUCCGGUUCAGUUGAAGCUGCUUGCUGUCCAGAGCCAGGUCGGCGACGCUGCCGCCUGCAUCCGUUCGCUCUUCACCCCUUCGCUCGCCCGUCCCGCCCCGCCGAGUGCCCCCCAGCCCUCCCGCGAGGGCGCCCCGGGACGGAAGGACCCAGCAGCCUGUCGGCGCCCGCCGUUCUCGUGGUCGCCGUCGCCGUCGUCGUCGUGGUCGUCUCCGCCGUCGCCUGGGCCAUGGCCAAUUACAUCCACGUCCCCCCCGGCUCCCCGGAGGUGCCCAAGCUGAACGUCACGGUGGCGGACCAGGAGGAGCAGCGCUGCCGGGAAGGGGCCCUGAGCCUCCUGCAGCACCUGCGGCCGCACUGGGACCCCCAGGAGGUGACCCUGCAGCUCUUCACAGAUGGAAUCACCAAUAAACUUAUUGGCUGCUAUGUGGGGAAUACCAUGGAGGAUGUAGUCCUGGUGAGAAUUUAUGGCAAUAAGACCGAGUUGUUGGUUGAUCGAGAUGAGGAAGUGAAGAGUUUCCGAGUGUUACAGGCUCAUGGCUGUGCACCACAGCUCUACUGCACCUUCAACAACGGCCUGUGCUAUGAGUUUAUACAGGGAGAGGCGUUGGAUCCAAAGCAUGUCUGCAAUCCAGCCAUUUUCAGGCUAAUAGCACGCCAGCUUGCUAAAAUCCAUGCUAUUCACGCACAUAAUGGAUGGAUUCCCAAAUCUAAUCUUUGGCUAAAGAUGGGAAAAUAUUUCUCACUCAUUCCCACAGGAUUUGCUGAUGAAGACAUUAAUAAAAGGUUCCUAAGUGAUAUCCCAAGCCCUCAAGUCCUUCAGGAAGAGAUGACUUGGAUGAAGGAGAUUCUUUCCAACUUGGGCUCACCUGUGGUGCUUUGCCAUAAUGAUCUCUUGUGUAAGAAUAUAAUCUACAAUGAGAAACAAGGUGAUGUACAGUUCAUUGAUUAUGAAUAUUCUGGAUACAACUACCUGGCAUAUGAUAUUGGCAAUCAUUUCAAUGAAUUUGCAGGUGUGAGUGACGUAGACUAUAGUCUCUAUCCAGAUAGGGAACUCCAGGGCCAGUGGCUGCGCUCUUACCUGGAAGCCUACAAGGAGUACAAGGGCUUUGGGACUGAAGUUACUGAGAAGGAGGUGGAGAUACUCUUCAUUCAGGUCAAUCAGUUUGCUCUGGCUUCUCAUUUCUUUUGGGGAUUGUGGGCUUUGAUUCAAGCCAAAUACUCCACUAUUGAGUUUGAUUUCCUUGGGUAUGCAAUUGUUCGUUUUAACCAGUACUUUAAAAUGAAGCCUGAAGUUACUGCAUUAAAAGUGCCUGAAUAAAGAAGAGAUUUAGUUAUUCUCAAGAAGCUGGGCAAUGCUUGUGAAUCUUUUCUUAAGAAAUUCCAAAAAGCCGAUAUUUGUUAAAAUUCUGUUAAUUUGGUUAUCUUGCUUUAAAAAUUAUGCCUCUAAACAACCAAUCUAUUUUUGAAUAGACUGAAUGAUGUCAAGAAAUAGAUCAGCUUUCAGAAUGUGGUGAAUUAAAAAUUUGUUAAAUGUGCAAAAGGUAUAAAGAUGUCAGUUUAAGCCUUUAAUAAUUUAAUCUGUUAUGUGAAUUAUUUAUUAUAAGCUCAACAAGAUUCUGUGAUUGCUUUCAUCUGUUGAGUGUAAGCAAUGAAUAUGUUCUAGUUAAAACUUUUAAAAUUUUGCUUUAAUAAUUCUAGUAAACAUUCUUGUUCAGUGUAACCCUUUAAUCUUGAUGUAUUCUGUAAGUAAAAUGAAUCAUUUGCUCUUAGAAUGGCAGUUGUUGACUGGCAUUAGAUAAUUUAGGAUAUUCAUGUGAAAACAUGUGUUUAGGAAGGUAGAAUACAUUCUGUUGAUGGUACAUCUUUUUGAACUGAGCUUUAAAAAGCAUUUCUUUUAGAAAUACAACUUAGAACUAAUUCCCAUCUCUGCAUUGUCUGCAGUAUAAAUAGAAGUAUUUACCAUAUAAUCCUGAAAUAAGUAUAAUGAUUUAGUAUUACCAAAAUCUGUAUUAAAUAAUGUUUUCAAAUACUAAGUAUGACCACUUAAGUUACUAGUUUCAGUUCUUAAAAAUUGUUUUGUCAAAUUGUUUCUAACCAAAAAUUUGGUUUUCGCUUUAUUGAUAUGCUUUUUUGUUUUUUGUUUUUAAAUUUGACAGUAAUUUGUGUGUGUGGUUAAUUUUUGAGACCUGUGUACAAAGUUCAUCGUGUCUGGAAGCAAGGAAAUAUCAUAGAUUUUUUUAAACCUAUCUGCAUUCAUUCCUUAUGUUUUAUGUGUUAGUUUGAUUUUGUGUCUUAAGAGUAGUAGCAAAUAAUCAAUUGAUACGUGUAAGUGCAGAGUAAUAUGUUGUGGUGGUUAAAAGAGUAAGGAGCAUUUAGUACAUUGAUCUUGUACACUUAAAAUCUGACAAAUAACAAAAUGUGAAUUAAGCAGAAAUACUCAUGGUAGGAGGAUUUCUGUUUGUUUUGUUUUAUUAUGUUUAAGUAUGUCUUUAGUUUUUUUUAGUGAUUGAGAGACAGUUAUUACAUGAAAGAUCUUUGAGAUAAAGAAAUAAACUUCAGGUUUUGAAGACUGCUAUGUGGACCCGAGCAGUCCUGGUGAACCCUGCUUAAAAGAUGAGUCUGACAAGCCUUGCACUUUCGUCACACAAGUGCCCAUGUACAAAGUUGGCUUAAUGGAUCUGCAUAUUCAAAAUAUGCAGCUAUAAAUUUAUGCUCAGAAAUCUGGGGAGUCUGAUGUAGUAUUCCUGUGACUUAACAUUUCUCAGAUGAAUGUUUUACAGUACUUGGAUUAUCUUCAGAUGUUUAAAGCUCAUAAAACGAGUAGAAACACAGAGGCCAUUGAAAAUGGUAAAUUCUAGUUACAUAAACAGAACCUCGGAAAAAAAAUGUCUGUAUCUAUACCAGUGUUAGACCAUCAUUUGGUUUCUACCUCCCCAGUUUUGUAAAUGUUCUCUUUUGCUUUUGUAAACCCCAUUAUUGUUAAGAUAGAGUUUUGCCUAGUUGCUUAAGUGAAUGAAUGGAUUAAUAGCUUUUUGUUAUAGUGAACUUAAAAAAUUUUUUUGGUAGAAUUUUGUUUAUGAUUGAAACAUUAUAGAAGGAUAAGGGGGUAUGUAGUGCUUUUUUGUUUUGUUUAGCGCUUUCUCGCUUUUAAGAUAAAACAGCAGCAUAUAUAUCUUGUAGAACUUUGAGACAGAGAGAUUUUUGUUCCUAAUCCAUAUUCUCACUUCAGAGUAUUUUGGGUAGAGUUUCCUUGAGUCAUUGGGCAUAGGCUGUACAGAGCUGGUAGGUGUGACACUAUGUUUCAGACAGUCGUAGAAGUGGAUGUAAAUGGGAGUACAGGCUCUCACUGUAGCCCUGGGAAUACACAUUACAUCUUGAGUACAAAUUAAGGUAAUUAAGCUGUUGCUCCCCUCUUUGGCUAGAUUUUGGGUUGUGAUGCUUUUUUGCUUCCCAGAUAGGUUUUUGGAAUCUUGGUGUAGGCUAGCGGUAGGGUUCAAAAUUAUUUCCCUUUAUAUUGUCCAUGUAAGGGAUUCUGAAGGAGGGUUAAUCUGACAGCACCCUAAAAUCAUCUUUCUAAAAUGUGUCCUGUGGCUUGCUGAGAUGUCAGUUGCCUUUUUACGUUAAGCUAAGGAACUUGAAUGCCUUAUGUAACCACUCAGCUGGUAGUAGCUCAUUAUGUAAAUAUGGAAAUGAUUGUUAAAAGUGGCAUUCACGUAUUUCAAUGUUAGUCAUAGACCAUAGUGGCCUGGAUGCUUUAAUAAGCAGAAUUCCAUAUUUUCCCCCUUUUCCCACUUGCAUACAUGUAUGACCUUACCUGAGCAGCUGUCACCAUUUUCUGGAAAUCAAAGAGAUGUGGUAGUAAGUUAUACUUGUCACCUCAUCUGAGAUCAAUAUGAGCACAAAACUCAUUCAACUAGGUCUGCCUGGAAUGUAUAUAAAGUACUGUAAAUAAAGAAUUGUAAAUUAGUGUGAAUUGUAUCUUGCAUACGAGGCUGUAUGUUGUUUUGCAUUCUUUCCCCCUUUUUGUAGAAAUUGAUCUGUAAGGAAAAGAUCCAGCUUGUUGGUUUUAGACUGGAAAUCACCAACAGUUCUGGCUGCACAGCGAGUGAACAGGAACUGGAAGUAGGGUUCAGCAGCUCUGGCUAGUGUCAGUUCUUAAUUUAUGUAGCCUUUCAGUGCCUCAUGGGACUCUCUGUUUUUUAAUUGGCUGUUAGUUGAUGUGAGCUUAGCUUCCUGGAAGCAUUUAAUGUGUACAGUUUUAAUAGCUCCUGUUUUGAGUCAUACUUCCACACUAAAAAUACAGUUCUGGGAUUGCAAACUAAAUUCUAUUACCUUUUCCUGUAUUCAGAAUUGGUAGCCUUUAUGUACAAAAAAAGUCUUGAAAUUUCCUUUAUCUCAAUGUGAACCUAAAUCCAAAACUGUCCAGAGAUAAGACAGAGCACAGCUUUGUGUCCGUACAAGCCUGUCUUGGGUGACUUCUCUGAAUUGAAGCUUGUUCCUUGUAGCAUUGGAAAAAGACAAGACAUGAGUUAAUCUGGUGAUGACAGCUCUUGCCACAUUGUCAGUGAACUAAUAAUAAAUAAUUCUAUUUUAAAAUUCAUAAGUUUAAAAGUGAUUGAAAUUUCCAGAUUCAGUAAAGAAAAUCCCAAGACAUUCUCAGUAUAAAUUAUAGCCUUUACUUUUCAACUUAGGCAGGUAUUUCAUUUUUACUUCAUAUAGAAGUCUUGUUUGAAUUUCUUCAUGUUGUAAAUGAUGAAACUACAAUGUUUGGGUUUUUUUGCUUUAAAUUGCUUUUCACGAGCAUUUUAUACUGCAUUCCAAAGUGCUAUAGAUACAAGCUUUUAAUAUUCAUCAUAAAAGUUACUGCUUUAUGCCAAGAGCAUCUUGCAGUUGGUGGUAGCCCACACUGCUCUGCCGAGGGCAAGUGCGUAAUCACGAGCUCCAGCAACUUCAUUUUUAUUUCAAAGUUGAACAAUUGCUUUUUCUUCUGUAGUUCGUUUGUUUUCAGGAUAUCCUGUUACUGGGAAUCUAGCCACAUAUUAAAGCAGUCUAUUUUUGAUUUCUUUUUAAAGAAGACGUUGAUAAUAUUGGACCAUCUUUUAUUUUAUGUUACUUUUUCUUAUUCCAUACCAGUUAUGUGAUUACAGUGUGGAGUGUUAGUUCUUAUGUCUCCAGGCAGAAGAAUGUAUCAGUUCUUUUAAAUGAAUUUUUCCCUGUCUCUGAAACUCAGACUGCAAAUGUGUCAUUGCCACAAAAGAAAAUGCUUGGGUUUGCGUUACUUGAAUACUUGAAAACUGAAAUUGGUAAGAUUACAUUAUGUAAUGAACUAGGUUUUUCUGAACUGAGGGUUUUUGGUUUUGUUUUUACUGACAAAAUUCGUUUCUGGAUAAAAUAAAGAUCUGAAUGAUCUGAAGUAUAGAGCUAACUGGUGCUGUAAGCAGUCCGAGCCCGUGGUGUCAGACGGCUCCAGAGCCCCGGCUGCUCGCUAGGUUUCCUCUUGGAAUCUCCUGACUCUCCUGUGCUCCGUGCGCUUCCUCCUGGAACUGAUGCUGUAAAACAGCUGGCUGAAUGUCAUAAACUCGAUGUUCUUUAUGAAUCUCACAGCUUUUUUAGUUAGGAAAAAAUAGUCUCAAGUGUAGCGCUAUUGCCAUAUUUUUUUGGUUAAUGUUUUACCCGUGAAUGGUAUCUUCUAUACCAUUAAUCCUUUUAAUAAUGCAUUUAUAAAAAUUUAAAACAUGACAUAUUGUAUUUGAAGUAGGUAGUGAAGAACACACAAACAAACAAAAAAAAAAAAACCUAGCCAUUAAGACUGUAGGUGUCCCAUUAGUUAAAUUUAAAAAUCUUCAAUAAAGGAACUUUGAGAGAUGGAUUGAGAUGCAGUGGGAUCUGAGUGGACUAGCUCCUGUGACUAAAAGGAACCCCGCCAGCAGGAGGGCACGUGGGAGGGCAUUCACUGGCCGUGCUGUGGUGGCCUGUGCUCCUGCAUAAGUAACCACGCGUGGGGAACACACUGAUGCUUUUGUUGCCCAGUAAUCCAAAGUAGUCCUGCAUUCGUCUGCACAUUGAUAAAAUCCACAAAGAAGAAACUUUAUGACUGUGCUGUAUUUAGGAGUCUUUAUUCCGCUAGGUAGGACCCAUGAUACAAAAUAUUUUGGAUUUUAAAAGUUCCUGUCAUAAGGAAGAAGACAUGGCCUUAUCCCAUGUGCUUAAAUGAGAAUUUGCUUAUUCAGUUUCAGAAUUUAAAAAAUAUGAAAUGAGUAUCUGUCACUGUGUUCGCUGUAUGUUGAAUUGGCAAAUUGUCGCCUGACGCCUAAAUCUGUGUUUAUCCAAUGUGAAGCACCGUAGUGUAAUGCUGCUUUGUAUAUACUGUAAGUGCUGCCAGCAGCCUCAGCACUGAACGUGUACCGAUACCUCUCAAAUGAUGCAACCUUCCAUGUAGGUGUUUUGAUAAGCCUCAGAAAAGUAUCCGAGUGUGAAUUUGCUAAUCUGUUUGGUAAUGAAGAUACUUCCUGUUCUUUGUUGUUGUUCCAUAUUUUCAUGUUUAAAUUUGAAUUUUUACAUUUUUACUACUGUUAAUUUAAGUAAAAUUUGUUCAAUGGUUAAAAUGGGGUUGUCAGUGAAGAAACUUAAAACAGCCUCAUUCAUGUAACUGUUUAAAAAUUACAUUUUGUGUUCUCUGUUGAUACACUUUUCAUGAACUGUAUUUCUGUUUAAGAGAUGUUCAGGCUUUCUGUUUAAUAAGGCUUUUUACCAUUGAUUAAAUGAAGGAAUGUAUCUUUUUGAAGAGAUUUAUAUUCUGUAAAUAAAAAUUGGUUGUAACAAUAAAGUUGGGUUCUGACUUCAGUGUA